CCUCCCUACCUCCCUCCUCCAUCCCAGUUAAAGACUCCCCCCUCCUUAACUCUACUGACCUCCUCCCUCCCUACCUCCCUCCUCCAUCCCAGUUAAAGACUCCCCCCUCCUUAACAACCUGUGAGAAGAAAGCUAGUGGGCGGGCCCACUGUAUGAUUCCAUUGCCCACUUCUUAACACCUGUGAAACACUGACCAAUCACCAUGCAGACAUCAUCUCUCCGCCGCCAGGUGAAGAACAUGGUCAACCAAUACUCAGAGGCAGAGAUCAAGGUCCGCGAGGCGACCUCCAACGACCCGUGGGGCCCCCCCUCCUCUCUGAUGUCAGAGAUCGCUGACCUGACCUUCAACGUGGUGGCGUUCACUGAGGUCAUGGGUAUGAUCUGGAAACGGCUCAACGACAGCGGGAAGAACUGGAGACACGUCUACAAGGCCCUGACUCUACUGGACUACCUGAUCAAAACGGGCUCGGAACGUGUGGCGCAGCAGUGCAGGGAGAACGUCUACACCAUACAGACCCUACGGGACUUCCAGUUCACAGACAGGGAUGGCAGGGACCAGGGGGUGAAUGUUAGGGAGAAGGCCAAGCAGCUGGUGGCCCUGAUGAGGGAUGAGGAGAGGCUGAAACAGGAGAGGACCCUGGCCCUGAAGACCAAGGAGAGGAUGGCUGGAGCAGCUGCAGGGUCAGGGAUGGGCUCUAGUUCUCUACCUCCACCCUACCCAGGCCGCCGUACCAGCCAGCCCAGCAUGACUGCUCUCUACGGGGAUGACUUCAGCCGGUCCAGGGAGUCCCAUUCCUCUUUCAAUUCCACCUCUUCCUCUCCUCGCCGUGCCGCAUCAGACAUGGAGCAGGCCCGCCCACAGACCAGCGGGGAGGAGGAGCUACAACUGCAGCUGGCUCUGGCCAUGAGCCGAGAGGAGAGUGAAAAGCCUGCUCCCCCGGUGGAUACUGAUGAACAGACUCAGCUCCAGAUUGCCCUGAGCCUCAGCAAGGAGGACGCUCAGAAGCCGGCCUCGCCUCCUCCGGUUGCCUUGGAUAUGGAUGAAGAGAGACAGCUCCAGAUCGCCCUGAGCCUGAGCAAAGAGGAGCACCAGCAGGUAGUGCCCCCGGUAGUGCCCCUGGUCCUGUCCCAGAUGUUGUGUAUGUUGGCAUUGUUCUCCUUCAAUGUGUUCCAAUCCCUGGUGUCUUGCCCCUCCUUUAACUCCCUAAUGGCCUUGUCAGUCCCCAAGGGUUCCCCAAGGGAGUGUGGGGGACAGAGUGGUCUGAGUUCCCCAAGGGAGUGUGGGGGACAGCGUGGUCUGAGUUCCCCAAGGAAGUGUGGGGGACAGCCUGGUCUGAGUUCCCCAGGGGAGUGUGGGGGACAACCUAGUCUGAGUCCCCCAAGGGAGUGUGGGGGACAGCGUGGUCUGAGUUCCCCAGGGGAGUGUGGGGGACAGCGUGGUCUGAGUUCCCCAAGGAAGUGUGGGGGACACCCUGGUCUGAGUUCCCCAGAGGAGUGUGGGGGACAACCUGGUCUGAGUUCCCCAGGGGAGUGUGGGGGACAACCUAGUCAGGGGAGUUGUGGUCUGAGUUCCCCAAGGGAGUGUGGGGGACAGAGUGGUCUGAGUUCCCCAAGGGAGUGUGGGGGACAGCGUGGUCUGAGUUCCCCAAGGGAGUGUGGGGGACAGCCUGGUCUGAGUUCCCCAAGGGAGUGUGGGGGACAGCGUGGUCUGAGUUCCCCAAGGGAGUGUGGGGGACAGCCUGGUCUGAGUUCCCUAAGGGAGCAUGUGUCCAUAGAGACAUUGAUGAUUAGAACCUACUUGUUGUUUCUCUGUGGACAGUCUGCCAUGAUGGACCUGGUGGAGGUGUUUGCUGUGUCAUCUGAGGUGCCUCCUACUGCUAGUGCCAACUCCUGGAGUCUGCCAGGGGGGAACGUCCGCACCCCUCUCCACCACCCCCUCCCCCAGGCCCAGGCUGCUGCUGGGGCAGCCUCCGACCCCUGGGACUCACUGGUAGAGGCUCGUCCCACCCCCGCUGGGAUAGAGUCUCCCUGGAUGGUUCCUCCCACCUCCGGUAGCCCCGCCCCUUCUUGGCAGCGUAGCCGGUCCCCCUGGGAGACCCCGGGGGUAGUAGACCCAUUCUCUAUUCCAGAUGCUCUUCGAACUGGCAGCCCUACAGAUGGUGACUUGUUUGACGAGGCGAUGGACGGAGGUAAUUUCAGCCUGAACAGUCGAGGUGAGGGUGAGGGCAGCCCGGAGCUGUUUGACCUGUCUCGUAUAGGGGACAGUCUGGGGGUCCCCAGCCCUCGGACAUGCCGGACCCCUGAGUCCUUCCUGGGGCCCACAGGGGCCUCCCUGGUCAAUCUGGACAGCCUGAUACCAGCCAACCCCCCAGCCAAGACCAAGAACCCGUUUCUCUCAGGUCUGAGUACUCCAUCUCCCCUCAACCCGUUCCAGAGUGAACAGCCUCGUCUCACUCUGAAUCAGAUGCGUCCCAGCUCCACGUCCCCCGUCCCCCCCUCCGGUCCUCCCUCCCUGCCCUACAGUGCUUCUCUGCCCCUGCCCGCCAGCCACCAGCCGGCCAGCCUGCCCUCCUCCCUCACCCAGCCCACCCAUGGAGCCCUGGACAUACCUGGGCUGCCACAGCCCCUGUUACCUCUUUCCUCCAUCUCGUCUCUGGGAGAGGAGCACAGUCAGAAUCCCUUCCUGUGAUGUCUGUCCAUCUGAACUGAAACCGCUACGAUGGAAGACCUGCUGGUGACCUGCUGGGUGUCCACGAGCGGUGACGAUUCAACAUGUGGAAUCGGCAAAAAAUUUCAAGAAAAUGACGGUCGAUGUUUUGUAGUCAGAUGUGACAGGACGCCCACCCAGCUGUCGCACGGCCGGCAAUUCAUGUUGGUCUGUCUGUCCUCUAUCUCUGGUGGAUGGAACAGAGGAAAUAGAAAUGACUCUUAUUAGGUUAUUUUCUGUCAAUCAAACCUCAAGACUCAACAACUGGAAUUCAGACAGAACUGAUAAUCCCCUUAAGUUGUUAUUUUGCUGUUGUUUUUCUCUGGGCUUUAGUACUGUAACCCUUAGAUUGCUUCCUCUGCUACGAUCUGCUCUACCACAACCUGUCCUGUUACUCCUCUCUGCUGAAGGGAGUGAUGGAGAGGCCUCUGCUCUGGUCUGCUCUACCACAACCUGUCCUGUUACUCCUCUCUGCUGAAGGGAGUGAUGGAGAGGCCUCUGCUCUGGUCUGCUCUACCACAACCUGUCCUGUUACUCCUCUCUGCUGAAGGGAGUGAUGGAGAGGCCUCUGCUCUGGUCUGCUCUACCACAACCUGUCCUGUUACUCCUCUCUGCUGAAGG